ACAGCAGCACAUCUUAAAGUCUUAUUUUUGGCCAGAACAAAGUGGGUAAGACACUGCUGGUUGUGUGUUUCCAGCUAAAAAGUUAAAUUGACAUCAUAUGGUUACAUAGCAAACAUUUAGGCGUGACUUACUUGGGAGCAGUGAUGGUAGUGGAGCAAGUGAUGCUUGUAAAAGUAAAUAUAUUCAUUUAAUAAUGGGCCUUUGUAAAUAACAUGCCAUAAAAACGACUCACUAAAUAUAUUUGCACUCUUUGGUUAACAAAUUUCGUGACAAAGGACAAUGAGGAAAAAGCAACCAGCUGUACAGACAUCUCUUUGUGAGCUACUGUAACAUGACCACUUCUGUAAUAAAAUUACAUUUCAUCUUUUCCCAGUUAAAUACAGUAUUGCCAUAUUAACUCUUCAUUAAAAUUCUCCAAGUUUGAACCCAAACAUUCUCUCUGGCACUACAGCAGCUCAGGAAGGAGGUUUUGAUUUUCCUACAGACAAUUCUUAGCUACAGGGUGUUUAAAACUUCAUUCUGAUACAUCCAUGUUUCUCUGAGCACUCUGUCUAUAAGGGAAUAAUGCAUUAAUGCAUAUCCAUCUUUUCAAGACACAAUGCUGCACAUUUCCAGGUUGUUAUUUUUAGUCAAGGCCUAUACAGCAUAAAACCAGAGUUCUCAUAAAUAGUAAUAAAACGUUAGAUCUCCUUGAAUGUUUCCUUUAUUUCCUCUUUAUUUCUCAUUCGACUGGUUGAGUUUCCUCAUUUCUCACGGAGCAGGCUUUGUCUUACUUUAAUGUUUGCAUUUUUGUCUUCUUUGUGUUGCACACUAAAUGUGAUGGGCAGCUUUUGUGAGCCCAAAGCGUGGCUUUCUGAGCAGUCAGAUCCCAGCUGCAGGCCAUGCACCUGACAAAAACCCUCUGCAUCAGCAGCAGUGGGAUUUCAUGCCAGAAAUACUUUCUGGGAUGGUGACAAACCUGCUUUGGUUAUGCCUACACUGAGAUUAGCAUUUACCCUCUUUUUAGCAUUUCUGCAAGAUGUGUUGCUCUUCUAGGGUGCAGCCAAAAUUUUUAUUCCCACUGGAGUUUGAAGUGGUUUAAAUAACGUUGUGCUGAAUCUGAGUGAUAACUCAGUGAGAUGCAGUUAGCACAGCGUUAAGAUUUGCUAGCAAAACAUGAGCCUGCCAACCAGAAUGUUUACAGCUUGCCAGAACCCACUGCAGUGUGUUUGUAUCACUUCAGAACCCUCAAUUCCAGAACACCUGUUAGCCUCAGAAAUCCACACAAAUUAUUGGAAGAAGUACUGUUUCAAAAGUGAUUAAAUUCAGCAUCCCUCUGCACGUGGCAUAUUUUUCUCUGUCUACCUGACACUGAAAUUUGAAGAGUAAUUUAGGCCACAAUAAUGAGGCAGUGCCAUUUUUUGAAGACAACUUUUCCCUGUCUUCUCCAGCCUUUGGAGAAGCUGGCAUCUGUGUGACCCUGUGGUGAAUUACACCAGGCAAUCAGUCCAGGUUAUCAGCAAAAAAGUGAUUUUUCUGUCCAAUCAGCCCCUUCUCACCACCACUGUCCUGCACUGUUCUCAGUACUGUCACAAGCUGUAGAAAGCAGUCCAGGUGGGUAUUUCCAUCAGCCACUGUUUCCUGUUUAUCUCCCAGGGCUCCCAUCCUGCUCCUCCUGCCUGCUGCCCCACUCCUGCUCAGUGUUCCUCACUGGAGCUGGGGUCCAUCCCUUUUGUCCUACACACUGCCAUGUGAUGUGGGAUACGCUUUUCUUCGUCUGGAGUUCAGGUGUGUUUUGCUGUAUUUGGAUUUUACCUGCUGCUGUGGUUCCGUGCCAUCCUUUUCCCUGGUCUCACACACCUUUGGCUCUGCUGCAUGAUGUGGCCUUCCCGAUGAGGUUUUUGCCAUCCCAUUGCUUUAUUCUUGGGAAUAAAGCACAUUCCUUUGGCUGUGGUGGCUGGCAUCCUAUCGCACAUUGCUCUGGCUGUUCUGCCGGCUGGCAUCUCACCCACCUUUGCGCUGUUUCCUAGCGGUAAUGUCGCACAGACACGAACGCGACAUCCCGCGGCAGGGCUGCGGUGCGAUGCUCAGGAGCCCUUUGCGUUAUCGCUUCCUGGCCGCGAUCCGAGCGCGUCAUCUCUGCUCGGAGGUGUGGGAGGGCACCCAAACCCCGCGGCUCGGUAGCCAAGUGCCCUCUGCCCGGGGCCAGCUGCGAGGCUGGCCCAUCCCCGCACGGCUGGCUGCUCCGUCCCGCUCGGCAGCGCCGUUUCCGGGAGCGGGGCAGGUAGAGCGGAGCGGAGCCGCGAUGAGGCUGCUGCUGCUGGCGUGUGUGCGGGCACGGACCGGCAACGCCACCACGGCGGCGCGGAUCCGGAAUCAUCUGCAUGCUGCAGGUCAUGUCUGUGUUCUCAAAGAUGCUUUCAUGUAUGAAAGUCCAGCUGAAGUAGCCAACCUGACCUCCACAGAGAAGUUUGAUGCAGCCCUGGCCAUCCACCUCUACAAAGGAGGCAGACUGCUGCAAGGGAGCAGAAUUCCUUUUGGAAUCAUCUUUGGUGGCACAGAUGUCAAUGAAGAUAUCAAAUGUAAGGAGAAGUGCCAGGUAAUGGGAGCAGUGCUGGAGGAAGCCAGGUUUGCAGUGGCUUUCUCAGCGGAGAUGAAGGAGCUGGCAGCAGCACAGUGGCCAGAUGCUAGGAAGAAAAUCUACGUGCAGAGUCAAGGAAUUAAGACUUCACCCAGUGCAACAUUUGACUGGUACAGAUUUCUACAAAAUGCAGGCAUUCCUGCAGACACAGCCAGUUUGCAUCUGUUCCUCCUGGUGUGUGGGCUCAGAAGAGUCAAGGACCCUCUGUACCUGGUGGAGGUUUUCUCAGACUGGCACAGAAAGGAUCCCAGUGUCCACCUGGGCAUUAUUGGACCUGCAGUUGAUCCAGUUUUCACCAGUGAAGUUAAGGAGAAAGUUAAAAGGUUCCCAGGGGUGCACGUGCUGCAGGAGCUGCCCCAGGAGGAGCUGCACGCUGCUGUGUCCAGGUGCUGUGCCCUGGUGAACAGCUCCAUCUCCGAGGGGAUGUCUGCUGCCAUCCUGGAGGCAAUGGAUUUAGACAUUCCAGUGCUGGCAAGGAACAUUCCAGGGAAUGCAGCAAUAAUAAAACACAAGGAGACAGGGCUGCUGUUCUCAACCCCCCAGGAGUUUGUUGUGCUGUCCAAGAGUUUACUGAAUGACCCCAUUCUGGAAAAGGAAAUGACAACAAGGGCCAAGGAGUACGUGAGGAAACACCACUCCUGGGAAGGGGAAAGGAAAAGCUACCAGCAGCUGGUGCUGAGGCUGCAGUGAGGGCAGGGCUGCGCUGGGCAGCAGGGAGGGGAUGGGAUGGGAUGGGAUG